AUGAGUCAUCGACGGGAUCACGCGCUCCCGGAGCAGUCCACGCCCCCGCGAACCAGCUCCUCGGUGCCAGCCACGCACAAGGCCACCGCCUUCGCAGGCGCCACCAACGCAGCCGGCGCCCCCGCUGCCGCCCUGCGCUUGUCCCAACUGCCGUGCGCCGCAGCCACCCAGGGCGCCCCUCCCCCCGCCGGCGCGGCGCUCGUCGACCGCUCGCAGGGCCGCCGGUCCUCCCAGGACCGCCUGCGCUUCGCGGACCGGUCCCAGCGCGGCGGGCGCCAGCAGCGGGGCCGCCCCGACGCUCGCACCGCGCAAAACGACGACGCUGGGGCCGACGCGCCCUCGCACGGCAUCGACGGCGGUCCCCCGCCGCCGAGCGCGUCGCGCCGCGCGUCUGCGUCGUUCGCCGGCAAGGCCGCCGCGGCGGGACCGGCGCCGCCGGAAGCGGCUGCGCUCGGAGUCGACGGCUUGAUGUUUGAGCCGCACGGCAGCCCUGCGGCGGCGCGCGGCGUGCGCGGCCCCGAAGACGGGCUCCCUGCGGCCCCUCGCGUCGGCGGCGGCGCGCCGCGCUCGGCCGUCGUGAUGUGCCACGGCGAUGCGCUGUCGCCGCGUGGCGGGCAGCCCGGGUCGCGGGUCGCUGCGGAAGCGAAGGCCGCGACGCUGCGGCCCGACGCUUCGGGCGUUCUCGGCUCCUUCGGUCGGUCCUUCACGGCCCCGCGCACCUCCCUGGACCGGCGCUCGCUGUCGACUCUGCGGGCACUCAGCACGUCCACGAGCCGCCGCUCCUCGACGCAGAAGACCGGCACCGUCUCCCCCGCCGGCUCCACGGAAGUCGCGCUGCAGCGCGCCGCGAGCGGCAGCAAACACGCCCCCUCCGUGGCUCUUGAGGUGUCGCGCAGCGCGCUCCUCGCCGCGCUGCGCCAGAUGGCCGCUGACGCCGCGCUGCCGGCCCCGGCGGAGUCCGCGGCGGAGGCGAAGAAGCGCUCGUGGCUGUCGGCGAUCCGCGGCGUGCACGUGCAGCUCGGCGAGGGGUGCGGCCGCUACGACACGCGCAAUGCGUAUUUCCUAGUCGGGCCGAAACGGCGCGUGCUGCUGUCGGACGUGCGCGGCCUCGCGCGGCUGUUCUACGCGGCGGUCAACGCGGAGCAGCGGCGCGACGGCACGGUGUCGCGGGCGAUGCUGGUGGGUCUCGCGCAGCGGCAAGGCGCGAAGCACCUCGGCAUGGCCGCGGGGGUCCUGAAGCGGGCCAUCGCGGAGCCGACGUCGGCGCUGGGCGAGGCGCGGCCGUCCGUGACGCUGCGCGAGCUGCUCGCCGCCGCGUUCCACCCCGCCACGCCUACGGAGCUGGCUCUGCUGAGCUGCGAGUGCCUCGGGGCGUCCCUGGGCGAAAGGCAGCUCGGCCUCACGAGCGAGGAGUUCAAGGCGCUGGCGUACUUCUACGCUGCGCUGGAGCGCGAGACGCGGGACGCCCUGCGCCACGGCGACACCGGGGUGCCUGCGUGCGCCCUCGCGGACAUUGCGCUGGCCGUGCACGACCUGCACGACAGCGCGCACAUCCGCGUCCUCCGGCAGCGCGUGCGCACGCUCGAGAGGCGCCACGCGGGGGGGCGUCUCGACUUCUUCGGCGUCGUGGACUGGUGGAAAAACAUGAAUGGCUACUCCGGCGCGCCGCUCACCCUGGACGACGUCCGGCGCAUCGGCGGGGACGUCGAGGUCCUGCGCGCUACGAUGAAGUCCGUGGCGACGCAGGUCGCGCCGCGCGUGUCCAGCGCCGUCGCUGAGCGCCUGUCCAGGCGCUCCCACUCCGUGGCGCCCGCUGCGUGCCACAGAUGCCCCAGCUACCCCGUCCGGGGCUCCGUGCAGGGCGUCUAA